GAGAUGUGUCCUGUGAUGCUUGGAAAGAAGAUGAUAGACACCCUGGAAGAAGAGCACGAUGACAAUGAGGUAUAAACUCCCCAAGGUCACCAGCCAGGUGGCCAGACGUGCUUUUGAAGCUGCAACUAAGAGUUUGUCGGAUGAAGAGAAACCCUUGGUUACAGAUUACCUGACACACUCAACCUCUGCGGCAGAGAACAAAAGCGCAUGAGAGAGCCAGGCGAUGUAGUGAAAGCCAGUCUGCUGCUACGCAAGAUUGCAAAUGGUUCAAGCACUGCCAAUGUGGCUAUCGGUGGCUACACCAAAAUGGUUGAGCAAGCUGCCUAUGACUUGCUGGUAAAGUCAUAUCCAGUAAUGAUGGAAGGGUCUGCUCCAAAGAGGGCAAAGCGAGCAACAUUGAUGGAGAACUAUGAGCGUCACUGCUGUGACCGUUGGCACAAUUACCAGAUGCAACUUCGUUUGCAGCACGUUCUAGAUGAGUAAUUCAUAAAAUGAUUGUGAUAGAGUUGGUAUUCCAGAGUCACGUCUUGACAUUGAGCUAACAAAGGUGUCUUAUCUUUUUUUACAGAACAUUUUGGACUAUGUCAGCCAUCUGAGACCAGGGUGCGCUCUUGGAUGAAGACACAAGGAUGGACGGUGAUCUCCCAUCACUGAGUUUUGCACACACUGCAACGGUCUCCAAAUGGGCAGCGGGUGGCGCUGUUGAGACGAUGACGUCAGUGCAGGCGACCGGAAAAAGAGCGAGGCGCCAAAAUUCGUAUCUGUCGUUCAGGAACAGAGAGGUAGAAAGACAGAGAUGAACCAUGAACAUUAAAGGUAAAGCAACUGGGGAAUCAAACACCAACAGCAGUGAUGGAGAUGCCAUCAAGGUGUUUGUGCGGGUUCGGCCCUUGACUCAAGGCACUGGGUUAAUGACAGAUGGCGAUCACAGUCUGUGCCUGACGGUGACAUCACCUCACAACGUCAGACUGCACUGUAAACCUGAGCCUCGAACCUUCACCUACGACCAUGUCGCUGACAUGAACACGAGUCAGGAGGAGGUUUUCUCCAGUGUGGCUAAAAACAUAGUUGAGGCGUGCAUGAAUGGAUACAACGGCACCAUUUUUGCCUAUGGGCAGACGGGUUCAGGAAAGACCUUCACCAUGCUGGGUCCGUCAGAGUUGGAUAAUUUCUCAGAUGAGCUGCGUGGUGUGAUUCCUCGUAGUUUUGAGUACCUAUUUUUCCUCAUCAACCGAGAGGUGGAGCGGUCUGGUGGGAUGAAGAGUUUCCUGUGCAAGUGUUCAUUUAUCGAGAUCUAUAAUGAGCAGAUUUAUGACCUGUUGGACAGCGUCUCCACCAGUCUGUUCCUGCGAGAGGACAUCAAGAGAGGCGUGUUUGUAGAAGGAGCCGUGGAGAAAUACGCAGCAUCUGCUGCAGAGGCCUAUCAGGUGUUGUCUAUGGGAUGGCGGAACAGACGAGUGGCGUCCACCUCAAUGAACCGCGAAUCAUCUCGCUCACAUGCGGUUUUCACCAUGACGCUUGAAUCUAAAGAGACAGGACGGGAAGUAGUCAACAUCAGAACCUCCCAACUCAACCUGGUUGAUCUCGCCGGGUCCGAGAGACAGAGAGAUACACAUGCAGAGGGUUCACGACUUAAAGAGGCAAGCAGCAUAAACCGGUCGCUGAUGUGUCUAGGUCAGGUCAUCAUGGCCCUGAUGGACGUGUCCAAUGGAAAGAAUCGUCACAUAUGCUACAGAGACUCUAAACUGACCUUCCUGCUCAGGGACUCCCUGGGAGGAAACGCUAAGACAUACAUCAUCGCUAAUGUUCAUCCUGGCUCCAAGUGCUUCGGAGAGACGCUCUCCACCCUGCAGUUUGCUCAGAGAGCCAAACUCAUCAAAAAUAAGGCUAUGGUGAAUGAGGACACUCAGGGGAACGUCAGGCAGCUGCAGGCGGAAGUGAGGAAAUUAAAGGAACAGCUCGCAAACGCUCUUUCACAAACAUGCAUCACAGAGCUCACACCAGCAGACCAACAAACUCACACGGGUCAGUCUGAUCAUGUGGUUUCCUAUAAGACACAGUUCAUUCAGGCCAUGCGCUUCUGGAAGAAAGGACAGGAGGAGAAGAAGGCUCUUCAAGAGAAAGUGUCUAAGCUGGAAGCUGCGUGGGCUCAAAAGGAGAAAUUCAUCCAGUCCAACCGCAUGAUCCUGAAGUUCAGAGAUGAUCACAUCGCUCAGCUUAAGAAAGAGUUACAGACAGGCCACAGGUCAGAACCUGAGCAGCAAAGCCAGCAGCUGCAGGAGGAGAUACGGCUGCUACGAGAACAGGUAGAGCACCACCCCCGAAUUAUGCGUUACGCUGCAGAGAACUGCGGCCUGCGGGAGGAGAUUAGGGCACUACGUUAUCUGGAAUCAGUCAGAUCUGCUGGUGAGGUAGAGUUGCAGACAUUAACUGCACUGGAGAAAACCUUCCUACAGCUGCUAGAGGCUCAGACGACAGACGAGAACACUGCUCCACCUACAUAUUCCACACCUGUCACCAUGGAGACAUUGUCAUCUGUUUCCUUGGAGAGAAUGAAGGUUCAGCUGCUGCAGAAACAGUCAGAGCUCACGGCAACAGUUCAGGCUUUUGAGGAGUUUAAGGAGGUCAACAAAAAACAGCUGGCGGAGCUGGAAUCUGAGAAACUCUAUCUCGAGAAGUCUAACAAACAUCUGGAGAAGAUCCUAGAGGCCACUAAAGCCCACAGCAAGCAGGAAAAGUCUCAGCUUAACAAGAUUCACGCUGACACCAUCAAGAUUUUGACCACACCUACUAAAGCCUAUAACCUGAGGAAUCGGCUGGUGCCGCUGUCCAGCCCAGACCAUCUGAACGGACAGAUCGACGUUGAUGACAUCCAGAAUGAACAACCGCCCCCUGAGAUGAAUGAGCUGGCCUGUGAAGCCCUCACUGAAGAGCUCAAGCAAAUGCAGGAACAGGCCCUUCGUGUUCAGGGCCAGUUAGAUGACGAAGAAGCCACAAACAGAAAACUGCUUCAGCAAAUCGGCAAGCUAGAAGAACAGCUUACCGUAGCAAUGAAGCGGUCCAUUUGCACAGAGGAGACUUUUGGUGCUGAGCGGCGCUCUCUGCUGGAGGAACAGGAGCGUCUUCAAGAGAGACUCAGAACACUGGAACAGCAGCUGGAAGAUGACAAGAGAGAGAUGGACAUGGUGCGGGUGGAGGUGCGAGAUCUGCGUGUGGUGCUGCAGUCUUCUGAUAGAGAGCUGGAUGCGGUGCGGACUGAACUACAGCAGCAGAAAUCGGAGCACGAGAGGGAAAACGCACACCUGUCUAACAGCCUGAUCAGCACACAACUGCAGCUGGACACUGUCAAGUUGGAGUGGGAGCAGAUGUUGGAGAAGCAGCGUGUUCUUCAGGACGCGUUUGAUACGCUGCAGGCUGAGUUUCAGUUUGAGUUGGAUCAACACAGACAGCAGAUGGAGCUCAAGAGCAGAGAGUGUUCAGAACAUCAAACACUCAUUAACGAGUUGCAGCAGACUCUGCAGGCAGAGAAAAAGCAGAACAUCAGUGUGAGAUCUCAGCUGACUGCUCACAGAGAGAGUGUGUCCAAAGAGCUUUUGCAGUCUGUAGAAGAGAAUGCCUCAUUGAAAAAACAGAGCACUGACCUAACAAACAAAAAUCAGCAACAGUGUGAUGAGAUCAGCGCUCUACAGCAGAGUGUGUGUUUAGCCAACAUGACCAUCAGCAGCCUCAAGCAGAAGAUUGAACAAGACAAAGCUGUGGUGCUGGAGCUGAUGCAGAAGACCAGAGAUCUUCGCAGUGAGGUAGCAGAGAGAGAUCAGACUGUGUGUCUGCUGCAAGGAGAGAUCGAUGACAUCAGCGGGAAGUAUGUUGCGGUGUGUGCUGAGAAAGAGCGGAUGAGAGAGAUGAUCACACACAUGCAGAAUGAACUGCAGGAACUGCGAGAAGCUUCAGAGAGACGCCUCGCCUCCAACCAUGUUGAGCUGGAGCUGCUGCAGGAAGAUCUGGCGUACGCUACAGAUGAGGUGGAGAGACUCAGUAAAGUUGUGGAGGAGCAGACAGCUGUACUGGAGAGCUCUAAGACUCUGAACACAGAGAGAGAUAAUCAAAUAAACUCCCUGCAGGAACAGGUGACACAGCUGACCGAGCAGAUGAACCUUCUGAAAGCGAGAGAAUCUGUCCAUCAACCUUCAAACAUCUCUGCCACACCCAACAGAAAAAUACAGACACCUCAAACCCUGAGUGGCUUCGGCUCAAGUCUGUCUCAAGUGCUGGAGUGUCAGGAGAGAGAGCUAGAGAGCCAACGUUCCUCUAUGAUCACAAUGGAAGUUCUGCUGGAGGAACUCAACGCUGAACGCACAGCCAAGAACCAAGAGAUCGACAGAUUAAAGGCCCAGCUGAACGAAAAGGAGAUCAUGCGGCUGGAGAUUCAAACGCUGUUGGACAAGUUUUACUCUAUCCAGAAUCAGCACCAGCAGGGCAGCCAUACACACCAAGACCUGAGAGAGGCCAUACAUAUCUCUGUGCUGAGAGAACUACAAGAGGAGAGGAAUGGGAAAAGCUCCCUGAUGAUGCAGCUGACAGACACACAGAAAGCGCUGCAGAUGAAUGAGAACACUCUCGCCCAGUCUCAGACAUGUGUGCAGGAACUGACCACUGAACUCAGGAACCGCUGUCUGGAGCUCAGAGAGCUGCGACAGAAAGAGAAUCAACAGGAAAAACUGCAGCAGGAAGUGGAGGUUCUGAGAAAGCAGGUGGACCAUCUGACUGAGGAGAACGGGAAACUGUUGGGUCAUCAGAACCCCAAGCAGAAGAUCGAGUACCUGGUGAAACUGAAGAAGGAGAUCACCAAACUACAGGAGGAGAAUGGCAAACUCAGACAAUGUCUUCAUAUGGAAGAAAGUCCAUCAAAAGGCCUACAACAUCCUCAUCUGUGACAUGCUUGAAGUAGUGAAAUUAGACCUUAAAUUGUUUUUUCCCAGAACUACUCAAAUUACUUUUAGACUUGAAUUGUUUUUGAAUUAAUCUGAUGGCUGUUGAUAUUUUUCUCUCUCAUUCACCCUUUUUUGUCUGUUAACCUUUUUUUUUCUCUCUCUCUUGUGAUCGGUAGCUCUUUGUACACAAUUUAUAAAUUGCAAUUAUUUUCCUAUGAUACAUUUUUAUUAAAGUAACCUGUCAGUAAACAUAUCUUACCUAAACUUAUUCUAAAGUGCUUUUUUAAUACACUUUUUUUUUUUUU